AUGAUCGGCGCCGGCUUCGCCAACAAGGUCACGCUCUUGUUCAGAAAGCACACGGUGAAGGCCAUCUUCACCAGGCGCCGCUGCCAUGUCGACUCCGAGCAUAAUCCCGCCGUCGGCGCCAGGAGCGGCGUCGAGGCGGACGAUCGGAAGCUAUCUGACAUGGAAGAAGGGAAGGAGGAGACGGACAAUCGGAAGGAGGAGGUGGUCGCGUCCCAGGAAGACACGAUGAAGGACGAGGAGGCGCUGAAACAAACCAGCAUGGAGGCUGGCGAGGAGGAUCAAGCGGACGAGGAGGGGGAGGCGCUGAAGAACGAGGGGGAGGCGAUGAAGAACGGCAGCAGAGAGGUGGACGGAAAGUGGAAGAACCGCAUCACAUUGGCUCGGGAUGAUGAAAUCACUUCGGAACAGGAUGAGGAUACUACCACUGCUACAUGUGAUUGUGCUGACAGAGAUGCUGAUAUGAUGAAGUUCUUGGUCCACCAAAUUCUAAAAGAUGCAUUCAUCGGUGUGGGGGACUCUGACCUCAAGGGUAUCAUACACGAUUCCCUCAUGCAAGCUGUCAAAGAGUAUCAUGACUCUGCAUCAGUGUCCAGCGGCAACUCUAUCGCCCCAGUUGACAUGAUGAAACUCGUCAAAGAAGCGAUGACUGAACAUCAGACUUUCAGCAGGGUCUUGUAUGUGUUAGCUCUUGGAACACCUAUAACACUGGUCAUUGCCAGGUAUAAUCAAGUUAUCUUGCUCAGUUAG